AUGCCCGUGUUGGCACCCCCGGUUGAGUACAGCCAGAACACACGCGUCGGGGCUCCAGCAUGGCGCGACGCGACGCUGGCCCAGGCGCUGAAAGCACACCAGCUGACAGACCGCUGCGGACAGGAGGCAGUGACCAUGUGGCAACCCAAAGACAGCGUGCGGGACCCACACGUGGCACACCACCUCUGCCGGGCCGCCUACAUCCGGCCCUGGCGCUUCCGUUCGGAGAUGGUUAAAGGCCGUGGCACCGUGGAGAUGCCGCCGCCGGACGAGGGAGUCACACUGUGGAAGAGCAAAAUGAAGCCGCCCGCCUGGCAUGCACACCUGCCACUGCCCCUGAAUCGUGAUGCGCGAGCCCUGCAGACCGCGGAGGUGGUGCAGGCGCACGCACGCGGGGCUCGCCUCACCGCUGCCCGUCUGGGCCGCGCACAGCAGCAGAUCAAUGGGCAGCUCCGGCUGCUGCAGCGCCAGCGCGAGGCUACUGACCACAGGCUCAGUGAGGUGCGCAAGGGCCUGCUAAUUAACCAACAAAGCGUCAAGCUGCGGGGCUACCGGCCCAAGUCUGAGAAGAUCCCUGAUAAAGCUGACAGUAUGCUUACCUGGGAGAAAGAGGAGUUAAUGAACAUGAAGAGGAAAAUGGAGAAAGACAUGGAAAACUCAGAGGCCUUGCUCAAGAGCCUGGCCUCCUGCCGAGACACUCUGGCCUUCUAUUGUAAGGAGAGGCUCCAAGCUGUGGACUUAAUGAACAAGCCAUUGGACAAGGUUCUGGAGCAGGCAGGCCGCCACUCCUGGGUGAACCUCUCCCACGUCCAAACCCCCAGCACUCAGGGUCAGAAAACACCUCCUCCAGACCCAGUGGGCACGUAUACCCCAGAGUGCGCCUCGGCGCUGUGUGAAGCCAAACGACUGUUGAUGGAGUCCAAGGACACCUUGCAAGAAAUGGCAAAGGAGGAGGAGGAGAUUCGGGAGAAACAGCAGCUGAUAAGCGAUCGCGUAUGCGCCUCGCUGACCCAAAAGAUGCGCGAGACCUCAGAGCUGAAGGAAAGAAUGAACAUGACCUUAGGACUAAUGAGGGGAACUAUCCACCGGUGCAAGAAAUUCAACCAGGAGAUGUAUGUCACCCACGACCUUGUCAAAGGUCCUCUGUCAAAAAGUCACCUGGAGACUCGAGAGAAGCUAGACAGACCCACGGUUCGUGUGUACCAGAGACACGUGGGCACCCAACUCCCCGAGGCCAUGCGGCUGGCCCAGGGCACUGACAAGCUGCAGCGCCACAUCUCACGCUUAGAAAAGAACCUGGAGGAUAUGCUCACCAUGCACAAGAGCCUCGCGGACACCCUCAACUGCAAGAAGAUCGGGCAUGAUGUGGACUACAACGUAGUGCGCCUGCGCCUCCGCCAGCGGCACCCGCACGUGUGCUACCAGCAAGCACAAGAUCUGGCCAGAGACUGGGACCCACGCACACCGCCACCACGCGUGUAG